AUGAUGACGAACGAUGGGAAUGAAGAAAACUUUCCAUGGCAUCUGGGUGUCUACGAUGCGCAUUGCCAUCCAACCGAUACCAUGUCCAGCAUCGAAACAAUACAAGAUAUGAAAGCGCGAGUACUCACAGUCAUGGCAACAAGAGCCGAAGACCAAGAUCUUGUCACUGCUACAGCGGAUAAGCACACCAUCAGAUCUGCAGAUCCCUCCCAAUGGUCAGGAGAAGAAUGCAUCGUACCAUGUUUCGGCUGGCACCCGUGGUUUUCACACCAAAUGUACCUCACGUCAGAUAUCGACCCAGAUAAUAGUCUCAAGGAGCAAGGAAACCUCACCGGAGAAGCCAAAAUUGCACACUACAAAACAGCCCUACAUCCCUCCCGCGAAAACCCCAGCGAAGAAGACAUCCAAACCUACCUCUCCCUCCCCGACCCCACUCCCUUUAGCACAUUCUUAUCCAACACCCGCCACCAGCUACAGCAAUACCCCUAUGCUCUUGUCGGCGAAAUUGGACUAGACCGCUCCUUCCGCAUCCCCGAGUCCUGGACGGGAAAUCACGAUCUCUGGUGCAAACGCGACAGCAGCCUGACUCCCGGCGGGCGCGAAGGACGCCGUCUAACGCCCUUCCGCGCGAGUCCCUCGCACCAGAAGAAGAUUUUCAAACUGCAACUCCAACUCGCAGCGGAAAUGAACCGGGGAGUCAGCGUGCACGGAGUCCAAGCCCACGGACUGGUGUUGGAAGUGCUAUCUGAGCUCUGGAAGGGACAUGAGAAGCAGGUACUGAGUAAGCGGGAGCGUAAGAAACGUGGUGUAGACCAUCCAGCUGCCGAAGCUGCAAUUGAAGCAGACGCAGAGGGAACGAGUGAUAUGGGGACAGAAGGACAAGCAAAACCUUACCCCCCACGAAUCUGUCUCCAUUCUUACUCGGGCAACGUCUCCAAUUUCAAACAAUACCUCAACCCCGCUAUCCCUGCGCAAAUCUUUGCUAGUUUCAGUACUGCGAUUAAUCUCUCCGAUAAGAUGGAUGAGGAGACGCCACAAAGUUUCGUGGACGUGGUCAAGACGGUGCCAGAUCAUAUGUUGCUUGUCGAGAGCGAUUUGCAUACUGCAGGCGAGCAAAUGGAUAUAAGGCUUGAAGAUAUUGUGCGUAGGAUAUGCAAGAUUAAGGGGUGGGCGUUGGAAGAUGGGGUGGCACGGCUUGGGAAGAAUUGGAGGAUGUUUGUGUUUGGGGAGGGGUGA